ACCACUGUCUUUCCCCCAAUUGCGCCUUCGCUCUUUCGGCAACACGACGUUCAGUCGUGUACACUUUGUACAUUUCUCUCUUAUUUAACCAGGUCGAGCCGGGCUCUUCCUUCAUUAUAAUCUUUACCUUCACUUCCGGUUACACGGUUCGCUGGUCGUCACAUCACCUCGGUCACCGUUAGCAGCUAUCACAAACACAACCUUACGACUCGCGCCCAUGCAGUAGCACGAUCCAUCGCUUCCUUUGUGUCCCCCUUUCGUUUUUGCCUGGAGCAUUUAUUGUUUUCGACAGAACCGUCUGGAUACGUUCAUCUUUCGCUGUACAUAUUCCUGCCGCCUCAGCCGAACAAAAACGCCGGUUAAUAUCCUAUCCGCCAAGGUCUACAACUAAACACCCCGAAAGACUAAGCGCGAUUAACGGGCGCUCGAUCAGUAACGCAUAAUCAAGCUACGAUGUUGUCGGCGACACUCAAGAAUGGGGAGCCGUUUAGUCCGGCCAAGGUUCACCCGCUCCUGUCCCCACAGGCGGCCAGUUCAAGUUUCUCCGACCGCGACCUUAACCCCGUCGAUGCCGAUGCCUCAUUUAAUAAUCCCACCCGCCCAGAGUCUCCACAGCCUCCGCAGACCAGCGUCCACUGCCCCCAGGACGCGCCGUAUAAUGCAUCGGUAGUAACCACAGAAAUUGGCGGUACGCCCGCUGUAACACAACACCCAGCCAGUCUGACAUCGGACGAAUCCUCCCGCAAAGAAGACCCCACCGCUAUCAGCAAGUCCUCCUCCAUCGAGAACCUCUCCGUCCUCCCGCGCAUCCCGUCUUUUGGUGAGAACCGCGUUCGGAAGCACCGCAAGAACGCGCAAUCAAUCGACUCCGCGAUACCCCGCCAGACUCUUCUUAAGGCGUUACAGUCUCGGCCUCCGCCUUCGUCGGCGACACAACAGUCCAUGGAUUCCGUCAUGGAAGGCUCAGAGAACGGAGGGAAGAAUGCGCGAUCAAAGAGCAUCACUCAUUCGCAACUUGCAAAAGCGCUUUCCGAACUUGAAUUGCACUCUGCGGACCUUUCUGCAAGCAAGAUGGCUGCGCUCGCAUCGCCAUGCUUUUUCCAUAAGAAGUUUGACAAGGCUGUGAACCUGGGAAAGGUCAUGGAAGAGAUGUCCGAGGAUGACACAAUAUCGCAUUCAAGACUCGUGCAGACUGCGAACAGUGUCCGUGAGGUAUCGAAGCAACUGCAACGUCGACCCAUCAAGAUGACGGUACGCAAUGUCAUGAUUGUUACCAAGGCUCGUGACAACAACCUUGUAUACCUUACGCGCGAGUUGGCGGAAUGGCUCAUGACUACCUCGCGCUACGGCUCAGACAUUGGAGUGAACGUCUACGUAGACCACAAGCUGCGCAAGUCGAAGCGCUUCGAUGCUGCCUCUUUGCUAGCCAAAGACAAACGCUACGAGAAUAUGCUUCGUUGGUGGACACCAGACCUGUGCUGGGAAACCCCAGAGAUCUUCGAUCUUGUUCUUACUCUUGGUGGAGACGGCACCGUACUUUUCACCUCGUGGCUCUUCCAGCGCAUCGUACCGCCGAUUCUGUCUUUCUCGCUCGGCAGCCUUGGUUUCCUUACAAACUUCGAAUUCGCGCAGUACAGGCCAGCGCUCGACAAGAUCAUGUGCGAGACUGGUAUGCGUGUGAAUCUGCGCAUGCGCUUCACCUGCACAGUAUACCGCUACCAGAAGAACGUUGCCCAAGGAUCACCUCAGCACAUCGAAGCUGAACAAUUCGAGGUACUCAACGAGCUUGUCAUUGACCGCGGCCCAUCACCCUACGUCUCGAACCUCGAGCUCUACGGCGAUAACAACCUGCUUACCGUUGUGCAAGCAGACGGUGUUAUCUUCUCGACGCCUACCGGUUCAACAGCAUACUCGCUCUCUGCAGGUGGCUCUCUCGUGCAUCCGGAUAUUCCCGCUAUCCUCCUGACACCCAUCUGCCCGCAUACUCUCUCCUUCCGCCCCAUGCUGCUUAACGACAGCAUGCUCCUCCGUAUCGCAGUACCUCUCAAGUCACGGGCUACCGCCUACUGCGCCUUCGACGGCAAGGGUCGUGUCGAACUCCGUCAAGGCGACCACGUCACCAUCGCCGCUUCGCAGUACCCAUUUCCUACCGUACUCUCGCAGCCAACCGAAUGGUUCGAUAGCAUCAGCCGCACACUACGAUGGAACUCGCGCGGUGCGACACAGAAGGCCUGGGAUGGCGACGAUGACGAAGAGACUGAGGAAGAGAAGGAGCCCGAUUUUGACAUCGACUUUGACAACGACGACGUCGAUCGCGAUUCCGGAUACAGCGCUGAAGGUAGCACUGUCGAUGGCAGGGGAAGCCCAAUAAGAAAGGGUGUAGUGCUACCCUUCUUGUAGGCUCUACCCUUACUGGAAAGAGUCGGAUAUGUGCAUAAUGGUGUGAAGGAAGUUAUCUUUUCUCUUCCACUGGUUAUCCACUCACGCAUCAUAGUGCUGCUUGGGCGGGUCCCGGUGGUUUCUUUUUAUCUUGUAUAUGAUGUUCGUUGAAUUGCACACGACACAUAAGCAUCUUUCCAGCAUUAUUUCACGUCAUUCGCUUGCUUGGGUUAUCUUUUAGAAGAAGUGUUCGUGGGCAUGUAACUUGCUCAAGCUAUGAUAUCCUUAGAAAGCAUGUAGAUGGUUUUGGUGGUAGUGCCAAUAUAUAUUGGAGCCUGAUGGCCAAAUGGCGAUGUUGAUUUGGCGCGUUUGCCUAC